UCAUUUGUAUCUAUAACUAUGACGUUUUACGGUGCGGUAUUCAUUUUUGGUGGAGACUCGAUCCUGGGUUCUCACCAUGCUAUAUUCAUACUUUGUGUAAUACCUGGAUGUCAACAUACAGCCUAUAUUGGCAGAGGAUAGUGCCUUGUCAAAAUUGCAUCUUAUUGGUCGAUUGGGACCAGUAUUACAUCAUUGGUGAUAAGUGGUAUGAGAACUAUGAUGCAAAUAUCAGACCAUCUUACCAUUUAUACUGGAUGUAGUAUUGGGAUUACCAAUCUACUGCAGACAGAAUUGGGUUAUCUAUUCACCUCCCCUUAUAAACAUGAUUAACUUUUUCUAUUUCCUUAUUUUUGUUAUAAGAGACAAUUUUCAUUUUUAAUUAAUUUUAAAUAUAAUUUUGCUAUAAAGAAUAAAUAUUAUCAAUAUGUACCCCUUCAUUGAGCCAACGUGCCUGUUCUUAUUACCUACUGUAAAAUGGUGUAUCAUGCCCGAUCCUUAGGUUGUUGUACACACCUAUGAUCUAGAUAGGGUGUCAAUAUCAGAUCGGCGCUGACCGGGUUACCGCUUCAGGUCAUGUGAUAGGACCAGAUCAUGUGACUUUGUUUACCUCUGUCAGUAUCAGUUGCUCUGGAGCGUCGCUAUGGACACUGCAGACGCACACGUCAAAACGAGACCUCGUAGCGGUCAUGUGAUAUACGCGUCAUGCGGGUAACAUGACCGCUCGGGAGCGUCGCUAUGGACACUGUAGACCGCAUACAUCAGAACGAGGCCUUGUAGCGGUCAUGUGAUGAACGCGUCAUACGGAUCACAUGACCGCUUCCGGGCAGGCACGGAGUGAUUAUCGCUCUCAGAUGCCGCGUGUAUACAGCGCCGUUUCCGGAAUUACAGAGCUGAGCCCAACCAAACCUUGCAGGAUCCCCAAAAUAUUCCUUCCAGAGUGUGUAAAGCAGGAAAAAGAAGCACCCGUGGUAGCCAAAAAAGGAAAAAUGCUCAACAGCAACAACAAAAAUAUAUCUAUGAAUGAUGAACCAGUUUAUAUCUAUAAAAUAUCGAAACCAACUCCUGCUGAAUCUAACCUUCUAAAAAAGGCUUUUUAUUCUGUCCAAAACAGAAUACUGAUACUUCCAACUCUAUCUAGAUGUCCAAAGAUUUGUGAGGAACUUUACAGCGUCACUUCCAAAUCCAAAAGUGAAAAUAACUUAUUACACCAGGUCAGGUGUCUGUACCCGACAUCAUGGUCAAUCACUGAUCAGAAUGAUACAAAACAUCAACCCUUAAAGCCACCAUCUAAGUUUUAUCCCGUUCAGUCUCAAGGUCCCAAUAUCAAAGUAUUCCAACAAUUGGUUGCAGAGGAAUUUAAUAAAAAUAUUUCCACUACCAAGAAUAAGUUCAUCUCUCUAAGAAUGAAAGACUCUGGAAGAUCUCCAGUCCAAUACGGAUAUUGUGCUUCGUACGGCAGACAAAGAGGGUGGCCCAUAUGGAUUAUUAGUAAAUGACUCAAUAUGAUAUUGAUCAUAAUACGAGUUAAAACCCAUUAGUUUUUGUCGGGUUUGGAUGGUGCAGUGUCCGAGACAUGUCUGCACCAGGGAAGUCCAACUAACCCCUCAUUGCACUGUGAAAAGCCAAAAAGUGGGUGUGGUCUGUCACAAAGGGGGCGUGGCCAUCCCCAAAAUGGGCAUGGUUUCACAACCCGACCUAUUUACUAUUGAAUUCACAGAAAUGUCCACCUAGAAAGGGCUGGUCAGAAAAUGUUCCCAAUCUGUGAUCCCUAUAGUAAAUAGUGUGGAAUCCUACAAGUCUGAAACUACAUUUCCCACUAAUAAAAACCCGACACUCAUAGUAAAUGAGGCCCGUUAUCUGACUCUGCUUACUAUGAAUGUAUCACCACCGACCCCUUUAAGAGAAUACAGGAUAUAAGGUAAUCUCAAUAAAGAAGAACCAAGAUUUAUCAUGUCCACCAACUGUAUUUUUAUCAUCUUCCGAAAAUAAAUAAGCCCAUCACCAGUCCCCCGGGCCGACCUAUUUCAUGCACCAAUUUUACUCUUAGUAAUUUAUCUGUCUGCUGAGCUUCCUCAGAGAUUGAAAUCUUACUCCCCUUAGUUGGGAAUCCCUACAGCUUAAUCCCCUGUGAUGUCUCCGUGCUCUAAACCAACAUCAAUCAUGACAAAUCACUAAACCCCAUGAAGAUUUCAUUCUAGAAGCUUUGUCAUACAUUCUCCAUAACAAUUACUGUCUGUAUUAAUGGAUCAAUAUAUCACCACAGCUCGGGACCGCGAUGGGCGCAAAAAUUGCACCAGCUUACACAAAUAUCUUUAUGGGUGCAUUCGAAUCAGAAUAUAUCUGGCAUAAUCCUCUUCUCAUGCAAUAUAUGGUCACCUAUCGUCGUUAUAUCGACGAUUUGUUUUUUAUUUGGAAGGGGCCCAUUGAGAUCAUCUCUGAUCUUUUGUCACAACUGUCACAUUAAUAACUGGGGCUUUAGCUUUAUCCUCGAACACAGUAACAAGAGUAUCAAUUUUAUAGACGUCUCUAUCACUCACUAUAGUCAUCCAUUCCUUACAUCCAUGUUUUUUUUUAAAAAAAGUGGAUGUGAAUAGCUAUUUGGACUUCCAUAGUGCUCAUUUCAAGAAAUGGCUGUUAAAUAUCCCGUACAGCCAAUAUCAGCUGUGCAGACCCUCUAAUGUAUUGUGAUGACUCGCUCUUGCAGAUAGGUGCGGUUGCAGUAUUGAGGUAAGGAGACAGUGAUUUUAAGUCCAGUGUUUUAUUCACACUUGUGCACACAGCAAAACAGUCUUUAAACUCAGAACAAAGGAAAACAUAACAAAGUCCUGUAUUUCCUUGGUGUUUGUGCACACCUGAGUUUGUGCCGUGCGGCACUAAGCAAGACUUUUCCAGUCCUCCAGCUAGGCUGUUCAGCAGCUUCCACUCUUCGAGCAACCAGAGGCAGAACUCCACACAGCUUUCACUUGCACAGUGAGCUGCAAAUAGCAAAUUCCCCUCAGCUGGUGAAACAGGCUGCCUUUAAAGCCAACAAAAGCGGCCUGGAUUGUGGGGAAUGACCCCCACUCUGCACUUGGUCAUUCCCAGUAAGAGCUGUCCCGGAUUGGCCUUCGAGCCAUACUACAGUCUUAGUGUCAGACUGCAUCGCAGCACAGACACUGAAUAAUACCGGCUCUUACUUCACCAAAGCCAGGAGCCUUGGUGACACAUAUAGCCCAUCGGCCACCAUACCCUUAACCUUCUCACAUACCCCCCCGUGUUCAACCGUAAACUUGAGAGGGGAAUGAUCCGUCACGAGACAAAACUUUCUCCCCAACAAAUAAUAGCGGAGAGACUCGAGUGCCCACUUCAUGGCCAGGCACUCUCUCUCCACUAUACUAUACCUGG